AUGCCCGAGGGACCAGAGGUUGACAGCAUUGUUCGUAUACUAAACAGCCAAGUAUCCGGUGCAACAAUAAGUAAUCUUGAGGUGUUUAGCCAUAAAAUUGGCUUGAAAGAUCGCACUGCCGAUCUAAUUGGGCGCAAAAUUCAACAAGUGGAGCGCAAAGGAAAGUGGCUGGUGUUUGGAUUGGACAGUGUAGUGCUUCUGGUGCAUCUCCGCAUGACAGGAAAGUUUCUCUUUGAACCGCACGAGAAACAGAAGCCACUCGUUGUCUUUCAUUUCCAAGACGAGUCCAAGUUGUUUUAUUGCGAUCCAAGGGGCUUUGGCCGUAUGCUCGUUCAGCCAAUGAAUGGGUUUAGAGAACUUAGUCCUUACAAUGACAUUGGACCGGACCCUCUGAAGGAUGAGGUGACCGUAGAGUAUCUAUUGGGAAGAACCCAAAGAAGCUCCAUGCCAAUCAAAACAUUCCUUUUAGACCAGAAGAUUGUUUGUGCCAUAGGGAACAUCUAUGCCUCAGAGAUUCUUUUUGACUGCCAAGUGCACCCUCAAACCAAAGCCAACCAACUUGCUUAUAUUGAUGUUCAAAAGCUUGUCGAUAGCACUCGUGCUAUUUUAAAGAAGGCAGCUGCCGCGGGCGGUACUUCUCUUGUUGACUUCGUCUUGCCCAAUCGGGCCGACGGCGAGUAUCAAAACUAUCUCAAAGUGUAUGCACGUAAGAACAAGCCAUGCUUCCGCUGCAACACCCCUAUCGAAGUCUUGAAGUUUGGCGGGCGAAGCAGUUUCUUUUGUCCGGUCUGCCAAGUUCGAGUGCAGUACGAUAAAACAACAAAGAGUGAUUUGGCCCAAUAA